CACUUUGUCCUAGCUACCAACGAUGCAUCCAUCCAUGGAUCGAUACAUCUCCAUCGAUGGAUGGAUUCCUUUUUACACUACUUAGCUACACACACUUUAAUGCAGCCUUUCUGUCCCUUAAAAAGGUCGCUCCCCGAGCUCCAUUCCGAUCCAUCCGAUUCGUGCCCUCAUCACACGCACAUGUCCAGCACGCCGCCCGCCUCCCCUAUAGCUUCCUUAAUUUCUCGCCGUUUCUUCCUUUCUUUAGGCAGAGGCAACUAACAAAGCCGGCACGAUCUCGCCUGUAGUGUUAACCGUCCAUGCCGUCACCGUCUUCUUCGUGUCGCGCUCCGGCGGCGAGGGCGGCGGCGGCGGCGGGGGGAAGCAACGGCGACGCGAACACGACGUUCGUGCAGGCGGACCCGGCGACCUUCCGCGCGCUCGUGCAGAAGCUGACGGGCGCGGCUCCGGCCGCCGCCGAACCGCCGGCGGCGUUCGUCCGGCGGCCGAAGCUGCAGGAGAGGCGGCGGGCGCGGCCGCUGGAGCUCGCGCGGCCGCACCCGCUCUACCACAACCACCUUCAUCGCCAUUACCAGAGCCAGUUCAUGAUGCAUCAGCAGUACUCGCCGGUAUCGACCAUGGACGGCGGCCUCGUGCUGGCGGCGACCCCGUCGCCAUCCUCGUCAGCUUCGUGCGGGGCGGUGGUGAUCAGCAAGGAGGAGGAGGAGAGGGAGGAGAAGGCCAUCGCGUGCAAGGCCUUCUACCUGCAUUCGUCUCCAAGGAGCGCCGAUUCCCAGAGGCCCAAGCUGCUGCCGCUCUUCCCCGUCGUCCGCUUUCCCUAAUUCAUCCUCCUUCUUCGCCUCUUGAUUAAUUACUAGGAUCCGUACGUCGCUCUCUAGUCAAUUCAAGUAGUCAACCGCCACUAAUCCCCGGCCCAUGGUGGUGUAGUUGUAGUAGUAGUAACGUUUCCGUUCUCUCCGUAGCCGGUCUCUCUGUGUACCACCUAAAUGUAACUCGCGUUAGAUGAUCAGUCAAUUAAUGCAUGAUGCGUGUUACUUCUUGAUUUA